UCGCGAUGACAGAUUAGCUCAUCGGUAGGAAAGAAAGGAUUUUGCAAAUGGAGGUGGCAGAAAUUAUCAUUCUUUGAACGACCAAAAAAAAAAAAAAGGUACUUUUGGCCAUGUCUGAAUCUCUGUAUGAGAAGUUUCUGGCCCCGGAGGACCCUUUCCCUCUCCUCUCCCAAAGAGCCAACCUCAGUGAUGUGGGAACUCUGGACGUCAGUGACUUUGGCUGUCAACUCUCAUCUUGUCACAGAACAGAUCCUCUACACCGCUUCCACAGUAACCGGUGGAACCUUACUUCCUGUGGGACCAGUGUUGCCAGCUCGGAGUGCAGCGAGGAGCUCUUCUCCUCUGUGUCCGUGGGGGAUCAGGACGACUGCUACUCCCUUCUGGAUGACCAGGAACUAACGUCUCUGGACCUGUUUCCAGAGGGCAGUGUUUGCAGUGACGUCUCCUCGUCCAUCAGCACCUAUUGGGACUGGUCCGACAGCGAGUUUGAGUGGCAGUUGCCAGGAAGUGACAUUGCCAGCGGCAGCGAUGUCCUUUCUGACAUCAUCCCGAGCGUGCCAAGUUCACCCUGUCUGUUUUCCAAGAGGAAGCCUAAACCCCACCCUCACCGCAACCUCGAUGAGUUACCAUGGAGUGCCAUGACCAACGACGAACAAGUGGAGUACAUCGAGUACCUGAGUCGGAAGGUCAGCACAGAGAUGGGCCUGAGGGAGCAGCUGGACAUCAUCAAGAUCAUCGACCCCUGUGCUCAAAUCUCCCCCACCGACAGCGAGUUCAUCAUAGAGCUCAACUGUCUCACCGACGAGAAGCUCAAACAGGUGCGUAACUACAUCAGAGAGCACAGCCCCAGGCAGCGGGCCAGCAGCACCAGAGAGGGCUGGAAGAGGAGCAGCCACAGCAGCGCCAGCACCGGCGGCGUGAGCGGAGCCAGCAGCAGCAACGCCAGCAUGGUCAGCUCCGCGAGCUCCUCCACUGGCUCCACAGCCUCCAACUCCGUAGCAGGUGGUACAGCGUCCGCCUGUAGUGGGAGCAGUGUUGCCAACAUUAGCAGAGCUCACAGUGAUGGCAACCUUUCCAGUGCUGCAGAACGUAUACGAGACUCUAAAAAACGUUCGAAGCAGCGCAAGCUUCAGCAGAAAGCCCUCCGGAAGCGUCAGCUGAAAGAGCAGCGACAGGCCCGCAAGGAGCGUCUGAGUGGACUGUUUCUGAACGAGGAGGUGCUGUCACUGCGAGUGACGGAGGAGGACGACCACGUCGACGACCUGGACAUACUGAUGUGACACCAGUGAAUCAAUCAGUGCUCCCUCUACGCCUGCUGUCUCGCCACUCGGCCGCUACCCUAGAGCUCAUGGACCACGCUAAUCCAGAUCACUGCAUGCAUUAGCUUUGAGUAGGCUAAUAUGCUCAGAAUUUGUAAGAGUAAUGUCUCAAAGGCAGUAAUAGCUUGUAGUAGCCUCUAACAUGUCAUAUUGCUUGCUAAUUCUAGUGUAGUACCGUUAAUGCUCAAACGGAUAGCCGCUGCAAUCACUACUAAGCUAGCUACAGCAAUAAUACUGCUAAUGCUUUGAUUAGAUUCAGACCUCAGUCUAGCCUGCCAGUGCUAAUGAACCUAGAGCCUCGCAGAUACACAUAAAUAUACACUACCAAUCAUUUUUCAGCUUAAUACGGUUAGCAAGAGGAUUGCUUAUAGAUGCUGUAACAGCUACAUCCACUGCUACUAAUACAGCCACCACUGGCAGAAGGACAGAUCAGGUAAGAGAAGGCCGAGUUUGGCCACAUUAUGCCGCUGUCGCUCUGUGAAAAACCAGGUGAUGGCAGCAGGUUUAUUUCUUCAUAACAUACAGGAGCAACUAUAUGCAAGUUGGCAACAUUUGAGCUAAUUUGGUAGUCGAUCUCACCCACCUGCAUACACAUACAUCCAAACUCUACAGGGCUAUAUCUGCACUGGCCAAACUCUGUUCGUCUACAGCUGUAGUUUAAACUGCUGCAGGUGACGUUACAGCGUGAGGCCUACAGUCAAAGUAGCUACAGUAUGUGUCAGUUUUAAUGUAACAGCAGAUUUAUUGUAAAUACGAGUGCCCUCAUAGGGACGCUUCUGGGGAAAACACAAGCUUUAGAUUGAAACCUCACAUUGAUGAGCGACUUCUCUAAAUGGUGAAUUCAGAUUCAUUUCGGGGUAAGAUAAUUGGUCAAACUCAUCCUUCAAAACUAACAAAUAACAUCUGAGAUUCAAAGGUUCCUGGUGGAGACUGUAGUGAGCUGGUCUGUCUUUCUAUCUGCUGAGUGUUGUGGUCCCAUUUCACUCUUAAAGGCUUAGAGGGAGCACUGAAAACAGUGCAUGUUUAAAUCGCCACUCACAUCGAGUCCCCGUGUGGUCCAAAAACUAACAACUCGCAUCAUUAUUUGCAGACACCUGUUUAAAAAUAGCUUAUGUGUUGUAAAUAAAUGAUAAAUAACAGCAUAUUUACUGCUUGUUUUAAGGUUCUCCUUGGUGAUAAAGGUUUGAUAUAAAGUUUUUUUUCCCCUCUGUGUACAUAUAUAAUGACAAGGUAGUGAACUAAUUGGUUAUCAUAGCUUGAAAAUGCUGUCAGUUAGCACUGGGUCUUUGCUAUGUUUUGAGUCUUAUUUUGAAGCAUUUAGCUGUUCUGUCACGUACUUGAGUUUGGUCGUCGUCUCAGACAUCCUUUGAACUCUGACUUUGUCAAGUCCUCUUGGUUUCUCUGCCAGCACUCCUACUGUAUGUUUUGCCUGAGACAGACCUAAAUAAUCUUCAUCAUUUACCUCUGUUUACAUUUUUGAAUGAUUUGACCUCCGUGGUAAGUUAUAAGCAUUUGAGCGUAAAGUCUUACAAGAAGUUUUUUUUUUUACGGAUCACCUUGUGUCUGUCCGUGCACUGUAUAGCUGGUUCGGCUUUGGCGCUAAACUUGAGCUGGUUUCUUAAGAAUGUGCAUCUAACAUCGAGCCAUUAACUCAGCUUCCAGAAGUGUGUUCAUUUCGCUCCGUUAAAAUAUUUAUGAUGUACGAAAAGGUGUUGACGAAGCACUAACGCCUCAAAAACAGCCUUUUGUGGAGGUGUAGCUACCAUGCCAUUGUCAUGUUUGCUAACCUGAGAUUUUGUUUGUGUUUUUUUCCCCGUUUUUUUUGGUUUUGUUCUACCUUGUAUAAGAAACACUUUCCCACAGCUUCUCGGCUGUAUCGUGUUAAACCACUGCAGUUAUUGGGCUUAAAAGCCUGCUGUCAUUUCUAAUACUUUAUGUGUACUGAGCUUUGGCUCUUGUCUCUGUCUCAUGUAUAAAAGUUAUUAAUUACAGCAAUUAUGUUAAAUGCAGCUUUAUGUAUUCUGUAGUUAUGAAUUAGUAAAACUCUAUUUUGAAAAAUAAGAUAAUUUUGAGAAAAAAAAUAAAAUAAGCCAGUGUGAUGCAACAAAGUUAUUUGUGUAUAUACCAUGUAAUUGCAGAAGAUGAAUGAUAUUGAACUGAUUAAAUAUGGUUAAAAAAAGGCUUUAGUGUAAACUUUUUGUUGGGGAAAAUGCCCUCACUGUCAUUGUUAGAUUUAUUUUACACCAGACACACGUUGAGGUAAAAACAUUUUAACUAUCAGCUACAAUAACAACAGUGUUUGUUUUUUUUUACAUGUAUUAGUUCUUACAAACCACUAUGGAGCAGUGUUUUCCUGCAGCCUGGCUGAAGCAUAUUGGAUACCGGAGAUGUUGGUGCUUCAGGCAGGACUGUGUGCAGUCCACCCAAUGAUUCUGAUUCACUGUAAACUUGACAAAUAAACUUACAUUGUUGCAUCCUA